GGCCCAAAGGGCGGUGCAUCAGGCGGUGCCUCGGAGCUUCUGACGAUAAACUUGGAUUGAUAAGCAAAGUUGAGGCCCGCUGCCCCUCACUUUUGGUGGUUGAUGACAUUGGUUUUCUUCUCUUCGCGCAAUUUCUCUGAGGAGUUUCCCGCUUUCGGACGGUUCUACUACUGGUGUGCCUCUCCUAAUCAUUCUUUUUUAUGAAAAAUAUAGAUCGUCAGCUGCAUCAAUCAUGGGCGAAAUUUAUACCAAUUAUCCUCCUCCGUUGAACCCCGCACAGAAGGAAUACUUGGUGACCACCAUCAAGGAUUGGGCCACGCAGAACGGAUUGCUGGUUCGCCCUGCGCCUUCAUUUGUUUCAAACGAAAUUGAUCCUUCUGGGGUACUUGCGACGAAUGCUCCUGUUACUCUCUUCCCUAGUCCUUUCCCAAAAUCAUGCUUCAAUGAGGCGACGGCUUUGCAAACUGUAUAUAAUCGGCUCUACGCUGCGAUAACAUGUAACGAAGAAUGGAUUGGCAAGAUCAUGGAAGAUCUCAUUGAUGUGGAUGAUUUCAUUUCGCACUUGUGGAAAGUCCAUCUCGCUGUCAAAAAGGAAGGAUAUGUCCAAACACUAUCACUUGGACUCUAUCGAUCGGAUUAUAUGGUCCAUGCGCCGUCCAGCUCUACAACGCCUUCCUUGAAGCAGGUUGAAUUCAACACGAUCUCAUCAUCGUUCGGAGGCUUGUCCUCUCUUGUGACAUCUCUGCAUACUGAACUUCUCGAUUCUCCUCCUGGCCACCCAAUUGCGUAUCCGUCCCACCCGUUGUUCGAGUCGAACGUGCCGCCCGAGAACACAGCAGUGGAGACUCUUUCCGCGGGGUUAGCUGCAGCACACAAUGCCUACGGCAUAUCAAAGUCCACACCAGCCCUUCCCACGUGUAUUAUAUUUUUGGUCCAGGAGAACGAGAGGAACACAUUUGAUCAAUUGGCGCUCUUCAGGCAGCUGACCAAGGUUCACAAUAUCCCAGUUUUCCGUCUGCUCAGCUCCGAGAUUCUGGAUCACACGUCGAUCCCUAGCUCCAACCCAUCACGACCCCUUGUAUACUCGCCUCCCCACUCCCCAGAAACGCAAUUUGAAGUCACGACAACUUAUCUCCGGUGCUUCUAUGCGCCAAGCGACUUCAAAUCGGAGCGUGACUGGGAAGCACGGACCCACGUCGAGCGUUCUGCAGCGAUCAAAUGCCCUACAGUUUUGAACCAGCUGGCCGGUUGUAAGAUUGUACAACAGGUAUUGGCCGAAACUACGGGCCCCGACCACCUUGCAAGCUUCUUACCUGACACCGACCCAGCCGUUGUUGCAAGGCUCCGGGAAACCUUUGCGCCUCAAUAUGAUCUGUCCUCUGGUGGACGUGGCAGGGACCUUGCAUUAAAUGUUGAAACAGCCAUGAACCACGUUCUUAAGCCCCAGCGCGAGGGUGGCGGCAACAAUAUUUACAAAGAAGCCAUUCCAGACUUCUUGCACUCCAUCCCCGAAAGCGAAUGGAAGCGCUGGAUUCUCAUGGAAUUGAUCAGACCACCUACCGAGGCAAAGAACAUUGCCUUGAGAACCGAUGGAGAGGUUCUGAGUGGAGAAGUCAUCGGAGAGCUGGGUGUCUAUGGAACUAUUCUGUGGGAUCAGGCUGAUGGAAAGAUCACCCACAAUGAGCAAGGCGGAUGGCUGAUGAGAACCAAGUCCAAGGAUGUCAACGAGGGAGGAGUUGCAACAGGAUUUUCCAGCUUAGACAGCAUUCUUCUCUAUUAAAUGCCGAUACAAUAGAAACAAUGUGGAAUACAGAGCAAUCUCAGUGAAGUUACAAUCUCGUACAUUGAAUGAGGACGAAGAAUCAUUAGAAAACAUUACCAAUCAUGACUCAUUAACAACUAUUCACACAGUCAGAUAACCUUUCUUUAUCCUGCAGCAACCCCUCGUUCUCGGCGCAUAUAUGCGCGUAAAAAAACG